AUGGUAAGUUCUAUGCAAAGCAUCCAACAGCAGCUAGGACAGUUGACCGCAUCCAUGAGCAAGUCUAAAUCCCAAGAUUUGGAGCACAUAGCUAAUCUAUCUGUUCAGAGAGCUAGCAAUCCAAACGAAAAUGUUCGUAUGGAUACUGUUGAGGUGAUCUCUGCACUUCCUUACAAAAUGGUCCAUAAAGGGGAGCCAUGGAGCUUCAAGUUCAAGGAACCUUGGUGGCACCAAUACCCUAGCGAGCAUGCCAAGGACAAGUGGAUUACUUUUGCAUACAUUGAUCAAUUCACAUUAUCCAGUGGUGGAACCUUCGAUGGACAAGGGCAAGUUGCUUGGAAGCAAAAUAAUUACGGUCGAAAUCCAAAAUACAAGAGACUUCUAGUUGUAAGUUUAAUUGAAUGCGUAGUUAAGGACGUAACAUCGCUCGAUAGCAAGAAUUUCUAUGUCAAUGUUCUAGGUGGCAAAAAUCUUACUUUCGAUCGCUUCACAAUCAUUGCACCAGGACAUAACUUUAAUACAGAUGGAAUUCACAUCGGGCAUUCAAACGGGAUCAACAUUAUUAAUUCAAAUAUUGCCACCGGCGAUGACUGCAUCUCCAUUGAUGGGAAGACCACUGAUGAAUUUAUCUCUGGAAUUUUUGUAAGGAACUGUACCAUCUAUGACACCGACAAUGGAGUGAGAAUUAAGACAUGGCCGGCAUUACAUGGUGGUAUGGCAUUUGAUAUACAUUUUGAGGAUAUUAUGAUGAAAAAUCUUUCAUCAAAAGUUAAGAUCGCCAACGUCACCUUCAAGAAUAUUAGGGGCUCUUCAGUGAUAGGAUUAGUUGUUCGACUUAAUUGCAGCAGCAGUAUUCCAUGCGAGAAGGUUGAGCUCGCUGACAUUAACUUGACAUACAGAGGAAAGGAAGGCCCUGCAAAAUCCUUGUGUGCAAAUAUUGGGGAGGACAUAGCUUAUCCAUCCGUUGAGAGAGUUACCAUUCUAGACGGAAAUGUUCGUGUAGAUACCAUUGAGGGUGUUCAUUUCAGAAGCAGCAGUAUCAGUCCAGAACUGUCUCUUUUCAUCAAGUCUAAAGGUUAG